CUGGCCCGGUCCAUAUCAAGCCACUUAUCAGCCCAGAAGAGACUAUGCUAACGAUGGCGGGCGCUGUUGUCGUCGCGAGCUCGCGCUUUGCCAAGCUCAAGGUCUGGAGCGGUCUACUCUACCUGGCUGCAAGUGUUGUCGGCAGCCUCUCGUACCUAGAGCUCUCUGGUGUGAAUUUAGCGAAUGAUCUCUAUUGGUCAACGUACAAUACCUCUGGCACCCAGAGCUUCCUCGCCAAUUGGUUCAACCGACUCCUCAUGGUCAACGCGACGCAGCCAAGCAUGCCCUUGGACGUCCCUGCGUUUGCCGACUUGCUCGAUUACUCGACGCCUGACACUUUGAUCUCAUACGCCCGCGUCUACGCGCGACUUGUACAGUACGAGGCGGGCAGCGACCUUGGCAUGAUGGUCCAAGGGCUUCGCUCCAUGGACGCGUGCCAAGCGCCGUGGAUCGCAACAAGCUACUGCUGGCUCGACUUUGACCGACAGAUUGAGAUGGCCAACACCAUCGCCCGUCAAGAUCGGUGCAUGACCAACUAUCGUAGCAACAGCGCCGUCUACUUGGAGUCGAUUCUCAGGAAUGUCGACUGGCCCACUUUUGAGUCGUGCUGGGGCACGUCGUUUGAGGUUGGGAUUGCCAAAGACGUACCCUCGCUCAAGGUUCGCGGUGCUGAUUGGCUCACCUCACUCACGAAUGGCAACCGUCUCUCGGUGGCCGACGAAGUCGUUUUCUGGCAAUCAAUGGGUCUCUUGACCUAUACGACCCAGUGGCAAAACUACAAGGCGCUCGGCCUCCGCGACGUUUUCUCAAUUGAGAAUGCGUUGGGAAUGAUGUACGAUAUGACGCUUCAGUCCACGAACGGCUCGUAUCAGUCGUCCAUGUCGACGUCGUGGAAGACGUACUGGACGUUUGCGAGCGAUCUCUGGGCGAUUGCAACAAAUGGUUCUGGCAUUGCCGGCAAGUCGCUCUUGCGACAGAGUCCCCAGUUUGCAUUUGCCAAUGUGUCACUCGAAACAAUGUUGACCCGAAAUACUACCUUGCUAGCGCCCCUGGACGGCGCUCUAAGUGCUUUUCGCGAUAGUUUGGGGCCGUUUGGUGCUGUUGACCUCUACCACGUGGCAUUCCCGGCGUCGCUCGUCCGGCUUCAGCACGACGCCAUGCGUGAGCUCACAACUCUUUUGGCUCUAUCCAGCAUCAACUCAACAUCGAUGCAAAACGACUACGCCAACCUCGUGCUCAUGUACUCGAUGAGUCCCGUGCCGCGUUAUCUGGACCGAAACACGUACCUCUGCGCCGGCGGCAGUCUUUUUUGCGGCGAAAUACCGUCCAACUUUAACGUUUCACUCGGUUUGUCACAGUUUACGGGCGUCGAUACCAUGUGCUACACGAGCUUCAACGACUGGAUCUUUGUGAACCCGAUGCAAGCCAUCUUUAGUGUCAUUGCCUCGGGUAUCGCACUCGACCCGACACACUUGAUUCCUCUCGCCUGUGCGGCCGAGGUCAUUGUGCCAACACAGUGCUUGGCCUUUCUGACCAGCGUGUCGAGCUUUGUCUCAACUCACUUUACCAAGAGUUCCCUGCAAGCGUAUCGAUCGCAAGCGAUAUUUGUCGGGGCCGAUGUGAUGGCGACCUCGGUGGGCAUCAUGCAGUACGUCCGGCACCUACCCACCAACCACAUCAUGCUCUUCCACCAAGUGCUUUUCGACCCGUCAGAUGCGACGAUGAUGUACACGAGCUAUGCACUCGCGUAUGACUGGGCCGUUGGCACGCGGGAAGCUAUCGUGGCGCAUGGGGAUGCGAACUCGGUGGCCGUGAUUUCAGGAAUCUCGCCAAUGUCUCGCUUUGCCGCCAGCAGUAUGGAGAUGCCUCUCAACGUCGCGACGUACCUCUGA